UGUUUCUGGAGACAUACCGCCUCACAAUGUCAUGGCGACCACUACUUAGCAAGUUUACCUUGUUUUACUAAUAGAUCAUCAGAGAUAGAGUGACAAUCACAAGGGGCCCUCUUCACACCGAAAGGCUGAAUAUAACGAACUUUCCACCAGUCUGAAGAAUGGAAUGUGUUGUGAAUGCCAGUGCUGCAGAGGGUGGGGAUCCAUCUGAAACUGUUCUGCAUGAAGACAUUGUGCUUAAGGAGGGUAGUGAAACCCCGAAAAAGAAAAAUAAGAAGCACAAAAAACAUAAAACUAAGAAAAAGCGCAAGAAGAAAAAAGAUGAAAAGGAUAGCAGCUCUGAAUCUGGAGUAGAAUCAGAUGGUGGUUCACAAACAAAACUAAGUACGAAAAAAGACACGUCCAAUUUUGAGACUGGUGAACAUGAAGACAAAGAAUCCACGAAAAAGACUGUUACAGAACAUCACGCUGGUGAUUCCAAGGCCCGUAAAACCAAGCGUCACGCAGGGAAAAAGAAGAAGAAGAAAAAACGAAAAGAAGAAGAAGCGCAGCAGAAAAACUCUCCUCGUUCACAGUCAGUCAGUACAUCUGAUUCAGAGUCAGACUCGGAGACUGAAUCGAAUUUUCCACAAGCACCCAGCUCGGACAGAAAGUCACCAGUGAGCGUUUCAGUAAAGCUUUCAAACAACGGGUGUAAAGACAAGAGUUUCCAAGACGAUGAGAAAAAAGAGCAUGUGACCGAGCACAGUGAAAAGGAAUACACAAAACCAGCAUGGGGGGAAAACGAGUCCCUUCAAGAUGCACACACUCAGGCUGUAAUUAAAGACGAACACAGUGAGAAGGACACAGAAAUGGAAAAUUCUGACACAAAUGGAAGUUUUACUAAAACCCAGGAGCUCCCUGAUAUCAUCCCCAAGCAGGAGAAUGUACACAAAGAGCAAGUUGUCCAGAAGAACACAGCCAAGGCACCAAAUGGGGAAAAGGGAGACAAAGAUAAGGAGUCGGUUUCCAAAUUGAGGUCUCGGUCACGUUCUAAAGAUAAAAGAAGUAAACUAAGCCACAGUCGUUCAAAAACUCCAAAGAAAUCAUCAGGUCGUCGCAAAGAUAGAUCACCAUCGAGAGAGAGGUCUGUUUCUAUCUCAAAAAGAAAAAGUACCCGAAGGAGAAGCUCACGGUCUCCAUUAGAUAGUCGAAGGUCUAGAUCUAGAUCUGCCAGAGGACCAAGGCGUAAGUCGAGAUCCCUCUCCGGUAAGAGAAGGCAACGUUCUGACUCCAGGUCUCGCGCCAGGACUAAAAGAUCACGAACCAGGUCCCCACGGCGUGGGCGCAGAUCAAGAUCUAGAUCUCAAGUAAGGCUACGUCGUUCAGCGUCAAGGUCAAAACGAUCCGUUUCCCGCAGAAAGAACCGCUCAAGAUCACGCUCUAGAUCAGUUCGCAGAGGCAGGCGCUCACGGUCACGCUCCCGAAAGAGGUCACCAGUGUCCCGGACGCGCAAAUCUCGUUCCAGGUCAGUCAGGAGAAGGAGACGAACUCGCUCGAGGUCCGUCGUGAUCCUCAGGAGAUCUAGAUCCCGUCUAAGGAGAAACAGGCAUUCCAGGUCAAGAUCUAGAAACCCGAGAAGACGAAGCAGAUCUCCCUCUCCUGUCCGUUCCAGACGCUCUAAAUCAAGGUCUCCAGUUCGAAAAAGGUCACAAUCCCCACGUAGGAAAUCGGAAUCAAGAUCUCCUAGACGCAAAAAGCUUUCAAAAUCCCGAUCUGUCUCUCGUCAUUCCAAGACGGCGUCUCCCAAAUUAAGUAGAGCGUCAAAACAAAGUAAAAGCAAGCGAUCAAGAUCGAAUUCACCAAGGCACACAUCUAGAUCCAGUUCAAGAGGAGUUUCCUCAGAUAGAAGUCCUAGUCCAAAUAGGAGUAGGUCGAAAUCUUUAUCACGCGCCAAGGAAUCGUCAGUCGAGCUUCAGAAAGAAAUUAAAAGUAAUUCUAAGGAAAUAUCAGAGACCAAAACACAAGAAGCCAGAACUGAGGAAGAACCUGCUGCCCCGACAAAAGGGUGGAAACCCCUGUCAAGUGUAUCUGCAUCUCCAGAGAAGGAAUCAAAUGAGAAUCCUGAACAGUCAGAACUUGAAUCAAAAAUAGAAGACUCUGUGAACGAGACUGAAAGAGCUUUGAAAUCCACUGAUGGACCAGAGAAAUCUAGAUCAAGGUCAUCUUCAUCAGAACCUGAGCAUGAAAGUAGUGGAUCAGAGGAUGUGCAGUCUGAUCAUUCAAGAUCAUCAUCACCAGGUCCAGUAAAAAAAGAAUCACCAGUAAAACCCCAAAGAUUGUCCAAGUCACCUGUACCUAGAAAGAGGUCCAGGUCUGUUUCCUCUCCACGUAAGGCGCCUUCCAAAUCUAAAUCCCUUAGUGCUAGAGAAGUAUCUAAAUCUCCUGUACGGAAAAGAAAAUCUAGAUCUCCGUCACGAGGCAGAAAGAAGAGAUCGACAUCUAGAUCACCUACCCGGAGAAAAAAAUCGCUUUCGAGAUCAGUCACUCGUAGGGGUAAAUCAAGGUCCAAAUCUCGAACAAAGACCAAGCGCUCGAAGUCUAAAUCUCCCAAAAGGAAACGUUCCAAGUCCAGGACACCAGUGAGAAAAAGACGCUCUAGAUCCCGCUCCCCUGCCCGACGGAAAAGAUCAAAGACUCCUGAUAAAAGCAAGCGCUCAAAGUCCCGCUCUCCUAACCGGAAGAGGAGGUCCAGAUCCCGAUCAAAGGGCCGGCAUUCAAGAUCGAAGCGAUCUCGCUCUAUUUCCCGCCGUAAAAGACCCGUUUUCCGAGGGCAUUCCUUUGACAGACGAGAUCGCUGGAAACGUGAGCCAAGCCAUUCUCCUGUUCUCAUCCUGCGCAAAAGAAGGUCCACCUCAAGAGCCCGGCGUAGCUCUAGCAAGACGCCACCACGUCUUACUGACCUAGACAAGGAUCAGCUGUUGGAGAUCGCUAAGGCUAAUGCUGCAGCAAUGUGUGCUAAAGCAGGGAUGCCUAUCCCGGAAAGCCUUAGACCAAAGGCUAUUCUCCAGUUGCCUCUGCCAACUCCCAUCCCAACUCCCCUGUCUUUGCCGUUGCCCUUGCCAAUUCCCAGCUUGCCCCUGAACUUGUCGAUGGGACUACCUGGUAUGUCUGCCUUGCCAAACAUGCCUAUGAACGCUGCUGUGGCUAGCAUGACGGCAGCCACCAUGACUGCAGCUCUAUCGAACAUGGGAGCUUUGGCAACCAUGUCUGCCAUGCCUCCGUUGCCCACCAUCACCAACAAACCCCCACCGGCUCCUACUCCUAAUCUUGCAAACAUUGAGGAGGUGAAGAGAAAAGUAACACAGCAGGCUAACAGCAUCAGUAUCAAAGAGCUGACGGAGAAAUGUAAACAAAUUGCAUCAAGCAAGGAAGAGAUGGCUAUGGCAAGACCUCAUGUUUCUUCUGAUGAUGAUGACGACUAAAACUGUAAAUAGAAGCUUCUGGAUUCUAACUUUGGCGCUACAUUGCUGAACGGAAACCUGUGGUACCCAUCACUGAAUGAGAUGAAGAGAAGGCACCACUGGUUGUUAAUCGCCUGUAAAUUUUUAAAAGCAUAAAAUGACACUGUAGAAAGCCGUAUUCUUCUUACUACAGGAUUUAAAUUACUGUAUCAGGUCAUUUUGUGUGUCUUUGUGUAGAUUAAGGGGCUUCAUUAUAGAUCAAAGCAAAUGUACUGCUUGGUCAGAUUUAGUGAAGUGUGACUCUGGUCUAACAGAAAGAAGCAGUUUAUUUCAAGCUUCUGUUGUCUUUACCCUUUUUUGGUUAAUAGUAUAUGAAUAUUAGGCCACCUGACUAAAUCCCACAUUAAAUGUAAAUCUCAUGAAGUAUUUUUUGCGAUUGAGGAUUCAUUGUUCUUAACUCUUUUGGAAAGUUUUUUUAAUGGAAAAUUAUGGAGGAAAUAGAUUCUUGUGCACAACUGCAAUUUUGUGUUUUCUCACCAUCAUCUUGCUUUAGGGGGGGACUUCAGGGCACAGUGUAUUCGGUUUUAGAGCCUGACAGGUGUUCAGUACAAUUUUAUUUCACACGUUUUUGAAAUGAUUUUGCUCUUGCACUGUAGAAGUUUGUGCUUGAGUGCUUUGUUAGAGCAGAUCUGAGAAAAUGAUGCAUAUGUAUUGAGAACAGGAACUGUUCUUGUUAAUAGUUUAGGUCGUGUUGUGUGUUUAGUUCAAUCCUUUUUUUGCAUUUGUUUUUACAGUUUCAGCAGCUUAUUUAAUGAUACUAAUGCAUUGUAAGCUCAUGGCUGAUGAGAAAAUAUUUUCAAAAUGUACACAAGCAAUUUUAAAUCAAUAGUAUGUACUUCACAUCUACCACAAUGCUGAAUUAAUACUUGAAUUCAUGAAUAUAGAUCAACAAAUACAUUGAUGUUAAUACAAAUCUGUUCAACACUGAUUGUUUUGUGCAGUUUUCAACAUCUCUACAUUGCUUGGUCCAAAUUUCACAUUUAUUAAUACAAUGUGAUUAGACUUGGGGUGCGGUUUCACUGGCGCAGCGGUAAAAACACACGCUGGAACCAGAGCUGGGAUCUCGAUUACAUCGUAUCGAAUCUCAGCUCUGCCUGUCGGCUAGGCUGAGCGGCCACGUGAACAACGAUUGGCCAGUUGUUCAGAUAUGGGUGGGAUUAACCCGCAUAGGAUCUCUCUCUCAACUAAUGCAAUUACGACCUCCGCUGGCUGAUUGAUGGCGCCUGCACAGAGAUGAGAAAAGGGUGCUCUCAGGGUGUGUCUCUCUGUACACAACGCUGAGUUGCACUGCACUCGUCAAAGUGUAGGUGAUACGAUAGCAUACGGCAUGCUGCCCACGUGUCGGAGGGGGCGUGGGUUAGCUUCGUUCUCCUCAAUCAGAGCGGGGAUCGGCAUUGGUGGAGAGGAAGCAUGACACAAUCGGGCAAUUAAAUGCGCUAAAAGGGGGAGAAAAUGCAUAAAUAAAAUAUAUAUAGAAGUUUGGUUAAGACAAGGGUUGAAGGGUUGAUCAGACUACUUUAUUACAGCAGGUCUUUUGUUAAAAAAAAAAAAAAAAGAGAUACCUAGCCCAAGCAAAGCUAUAUUGUAACUUUUUUCAUACAAAUACCAUUCUCUGGCAUACCAUUUAGUAUACACAGUUUCAAUUAAACAGUGGGGUUUGGAUAUGCCUUGCUGGUAAGGUAAAAUGGCUUGCUUUGUACAUAAUGCAACAUGCGAUUAUUAAAAAAUAAAUUCCCAUUCUCACUUUUC